AUGCCUGCCAAACAAGUCGUCCUCACCAAGAACGCCCCUCCACCGCUCGCAGGCGUCCUCAACCAAGCCAUCAUCGCCAAUGGCACGGUCUACUGCUCCGGGCAAGUAGCGAUCGAUCCAGCCACUGGCAAAAUGGUUGAGGGAGACAUCGGAGCACGUACGCACCAAGUCAUCAAGAAUCUCGACGCCGUCCUCACUGCCGCCGGAACCACAAUCGAGAAUGUCGUAAAGGUCAACGUCUUUAUCGCAGACAUGAAGGACUUUGCGGCGAUGAACGAGGUCUACCAGACUUACUGGGGUGAUGUCAAGCCGUGCAGGACUUGCGUCGCCGCGAAGCAGCUGCCUCUGGGAACGGAUGUGGAGAUCGAGUGUAUCGCGGUCAUGCCGUAA